GCAAACAUCCCAGCGCGGCUGCUGCAACAUCGCCUGUUACAAACAUCCCAGCGCGGCUGCAACAUCGCCUCUUGCAAACACCCCAGCGCGGCUGCAACAUCGUCUCUUGCAAACAUCCCAGCGCGGUCGCAAUAAACAGUGAGCGUCGCGGCGGAGAAACCCAAACCCAGCCCCUUCAUGAGUAACCUGUACAACCUGGAUUCACGCUGCGUCUCGCCAUGCUUCCCCAUGUUUGCCCUCGAGCAGGCUAAUUUCUACGACGGUGUCAGCGGCGGGGUGUCUUUGACCAAGCCAGACCGGGGAAUGUGCGAGGAAAGAUCAAACCUGCUCGAGUUGAACCCGGCAGGUGCCAUCUACGACGACGAAAGUGCGAUUGAUUUCAGCCCGUACGUAGUGGAGCCGGUGUCGGGCUCUCAGCUGGAGCUCUACAAUGACGACCUGCUGGCAGACCUGUUAGCUAGCACCAACAAAGGGGACAAGGCACAGCCCGAGUAUGGGUACCUGUCCCACGUAGCAGCCAGUCCAACGAUGAACUCUGUCACUGGGAUAUCUGCCUCGUCAGGUACCCAUUCGGAGAGGGAUCCGUUCGCCGCCCAGCUGCGCAGCAGCUACGAUCAGAGAUUGGACUUAUCGAAAGUGGUGGUUAAGGAAGAAAGGGACGAGAACAUGGAAACUCCACUGCACUCGCAGAUUGCUGCCUGCGCCCAAACCACCGUGCAUCUGCCCACUGGGCAACCCACCCCUCCCACCAGCCCGGAGCCCAGCUCGUCAAGCUCUCACGGUCGAUCGCUGUCUGCAAAGGAAAAAUCCAAGAAGUCCGUAGACCGACAAAGCUCCGAGUACCGACAGAGGAGAGAGAGGAAUAAUAUCGCAGUGAGAAAGAGCCGAGAUAAGGCGAAACGGCGUAACGUAGAAAUGCAGCAGAAAAUGUUGGAACUCAAUGCAGAGAACGAUCGCUUGCAUAAAAAGAUUGAACAGUUGUCUCGGGAACUUGCGAUUAUGAGGAACUUUUUUGAGCAACAACCUAACGCAGCAUCUUUCCUCAAUGCAAACUCAGACUGCCGGUGACUUUUAAAAGCUUAAACUUUAAGCCUUAUACCUCAACCAAAGAAUCAAUAAUGUGUAGCAUGUACUGUGAACUUAGAAAUGUGUCGAUUUCUCUCGUCUUGAGUUCUGAACUGGAACUUGUUGCAGACUGCCUUAAAACGUUGCCACAGCAACAAAGGCUAAACUUUCCGUAAAUUAUUUUUUAUAAUUCUUGAUUUUUCUAUACUUAAUCCAACUAGAGUACAAUUUAUAUGCCACGAUUAUAAACUUUAUUUUUCACGUUAGUCAAAACGGUUGUUAGCUGAUGGCUGUCGUUAGUUUUGUAACUGUAUUUCAUUUUUAUGAAAAGAAUCAUUAAAUGCGUCAAAUGUA